AUGCGGCGGGCGUGCGUGCGCGCGCGUCCGCGAAGUGGAUCCCGGCAUGUGCGACAGUUGUCGCGCUCUGGUGGGCGCGACGGAUCUCGGCUCGGCUCGGCGACGAGCGCGAGCAGAGUGCCGACGCGAGAGGCGCGCCCCGGCAGAAGCGGGGGGAGCGGCGGCGCUCUCAUGAGCGCCCCCGACCCCGCCGCGACGCGCAUCGUGACGGGGGUCGUGCGCAAGCGAAGGAGCCUGUCGAAGAGGCUCACGUUCAUCGACCUCGAGGUGUCGCCGUCGGAGCCGUCGGUGCCUCUCGUGUGCGACGGAUGGAUCUGCGCGAAAUCUGUCGUCGCGGCGACGACGAUCCGAGCGUCCGGAGUCUGGGAGCCGUCGCCGGGGCGGACGAACGAAACGCGGUUCGCGGUGCGCGCGGACGGCAUCGAGAUCAUCGAAGACCGCGCGGCGACGUUCAGCGCUUGGGACAACGCCGCGGAGGCGGCGGCGUGGCGCGCGAGGGUUCGCGACGAGCGCGCCCUCGGCGCCGUCGACGGCGAGACGACGCGCGACGACGCCGCGAACGCGAACCGCGCGGCGUCGGGGAUGUGCCUGUCCUGGGCGGACGUCGGGACGUGCGCGGACCCGAACUGCGUCGCGCGGCACUGCGCGUCCACGCGAUGGGAAGAGCGACGACGUCAGCGCGCGGAGUCGAGGCGGACGAGCGCGACGGGGGGGGAUCGCGAGGAGGAUGUCCACGGGGACGCGGCGAAGACGAAACACAACGAGGUUUUUGCGACGUGGAUCGUGGAUACGUUCGGUUUGGAUGCGUUACGAGGCGGCGUCGUCGACGUCGCGGGAGGACGAGGAAUGCUCGCGCUCGAGCUCGCGCUGAAACACGGCGUCGAAGACGUCACGUUGAUAGAACCGAAACCGUUGCGUCUGAACAAGUCGUAUCGGAGACGGAUUAAAAAGUGGGCGGCGAGACGCGCUGCCGCCGCCGCCGACCACGCCGAUGACGCGCCGACUCCGGUGCGUCACGUCCAGAGCAUGUUUCACGGCGUGGACGGCGACGCGAACGCCGCCACCACGGAGGCCUCGAUCGCGUUCAGAGACGCGUCCGUCGUGCUCGCGAUGCACCCGGACCAGGCGACGGAGCCGUUCGUCGACGCGGCGCUGGCGUUGAACAAAAAUUUCGCCGUCGUGCCGUGCUGCGUCUUCGCGGGGGCGCACCCGGGGAGGAAGACCGCGGACGGGGAGGACGUCGUGACGUACGAGCAGCUGUUGGAUUACAUCCAAGCGAAGGCGCCGGACGUGAAGCGGGACACGUUAAAGUGCGAGGGACGAAAGGUUGUUUUAUAUCGACUAGUAGCUAGCUAGACUAAAUUAGACUCUAUGAGGACGCGAUCUGCGCG